UCUAUGGCAACUAAAUUGUCUUCUGAGGGUAAAAUGUAAUUUCACUUAAUGAGCUUCUUAGUUGAUGAUUAGGAUCUGGGGUGAUAACCGGUAUUGUUUCGCUGUGUGUGUAUGGAGGACGUUCAGACUUUCACACACCACUCCAAGUCUCGCGGUAUUUCAACGCGAUCCCUGCGCGAUUAAACGAGAUGACAAAAGGAGCGGGGAAGAGUGGUGUGAGUGUGGAUUGGGAAGCACGAAGGAUGUAGCCCGCCUGCUGCAUUGCUAAUGACAUGCUCUUUCUCUACACUCUCUACCCUACUUGCUCUGCUUCAUUGUGUAUGCAUUGGUUAAUGUGGGACACAAGCUGAACACUCAGCGCUUUUGAGUAGGGAGGAACACACUGUGGAUUACCAAAGCAGACGACGGGAAUGUCAAAAAUGAUCUGAAAAUGGCGCCAAAACAGUGACAAAGCCAGAGAGAAAGCAACGAAAGUCUGUUGAGGAAGUCGACGUUUUUUUUUAAGUCAUUACCACCGAAACAAGCUGCACCCGCUCCGCCGUCAACAUGGGCUUCCGAUCGGCAGUUGACUCCAUUGUUCGCCGCCUAGUGCGGGUCAAAUCCUUGGACAUCUCCGGGAUGAACCAUCGCAAGGACUCGGUGCCCGGGAAGUUAUCAAAAUGUCUGUCCACGCUGGACCUUGUCUCCCUUGGGGUGGGGAGCUGCAUGGGGACGGGGAUGUACGUCGUGUCUGGCCUGGUGGCAAGACAAAUGGCCGGACCUGGUGUCAUUUUGUCUUUCAUGGUCGCAGCUCUAGCUUCAAUCCUAUCAGGUGUGUGCUAUGGUGAGUUCGGAGUAAGAGUUCCCAAGACAACAGGCUCCGCCUACAUGUACAGCUACGUCACCGUUGGAGAGUUCUCGGCGUUUGUGAUUGGUUGGAAUCUCAUCUUGGAGUACCUGAUUGGUACAGCAGCCGGCGCAAGCGCAUUGAGUAGCUGCCUGGAUUCACUUUUCACUAAUAAGAUCAGUGAAUUUAUGAUGGAUCACGUGGGUGGAUUUGGCAUUCACACCGAGACGUACCCAGACUUGGUAGCAAUGGUUAUAGCAAUCAUUAUGACCUUAAUCGUCACAGCUGGGGUCAAGAAGUCAGUGACCUUUAAUAACAUCCUCAAUGUUGUCAACCUGGUAGUCUGGGUGUUUAUGAUCGCUGGAGGGCUCUUCUUCCUCAACGGCAGUAACUGGAGCGAAGAUGGGUUUCUACCUUUUGGAUUCUCCGGGGUGAUGACUGGUGCUGCAACAUGUUUCUACGCCUUCAUCGGAUUUGAUAUCAUCGCGACGACUGGUGAAGAGGCUCAAAAUCCAACCAAAUCGAUCCCAUUGGCUAUUAUGCUGUCACUGGUAAUCUGCCUCACUGGCUACGUAUCCGUCAGCUUCAUUCUCACGCUAGCCGUUCCGUACUACGACAUCGGCAAGGAGGCACCACUGAUGGACAUGUUCGUUCAGAAUCACGCCGAGGCCGGCAAAUACAUCGUAGCUAUAGGCUCGAUAGCUGGCCUGACCGUCAGUCUACUGGGCUCGCUCUUCCCGAUGCCUAGGAUUAUUUAUGCCAUGUCUACCGAUGGGCUACUGUUCAGGUUUUUGUCACGUGUGAAUAAGAUCACCCAAACACCCGCCGUUGCCACGGUAAUCGGUGGCUUCCUAGCCGCCAUCUUGGCACUUAUGGUGAGUCUAGCAGACCUCAUAGAAAUGAUGUCGAUUGGUACCCUGCUUGCCUACACUCUCGUCUCAAUGUGCGUCCUCAUCCUACGUUACCAGCCACACAUGGACCUGGAGAAAGGUCUCGGCGAGGGCCUGCCCUAUGAUACCUUUGAGAACGAGGAGGACGAUGAUGAAGUCGUCACUGUCACCACCGGGAACAAGGUUGAAGAUCCCGAAUCAAAACCAACACUAGAAGAGGCGGGGCCGGAGCAGCUGCUCCCAAAACUGCCCAAACUUGACCCCGGCAGCCGUAACUACGGCGCCGUGGACUCUGACCCCGAAACAGAUAACUUCCGCAACUACAACAAAUGGGACUUCUAUCUAUCGCGCACGCGCGAGUUCAUCUACAAUCGCUACCAGCAGUUUCGCUCCCUAUUGCGUCUUCCGGACAAGUCCGCCCUUCCAACGAGUGCCACCGGGAGUACGGUAACCGUGGCAACGCUAGGUUUAUUCUUCUCCCUAUUCAUCGCCUGCGCCAUUAUAAUAUUCGGCCGGCAGUUUCUAAGCCAGUGGUGGCUCAUAAUUAUUUUCUUGGUGGUGCUAGUUGGCGUCCUGGGCUGUAUAUGGAAGAUCAUACAACAGCCUCAGAAUCCGGAUAAGCUGCCGUUCAUGGCGCCCUGCGUGCCAUUGCUACCCUUCUGCGCCAUGUUUGUGAACAUCUUUUUGAUGUUGAAGCUCUCGCCACUCACCUGGGUACGGUUCGUCAUCUGGAUGGCUGCUGGUCUCAUCAUCUAUUUCGGGUAUGGUAUCUGGAACAGUAAUAUCGAAGCGCGACAUCAUGACGUCACGAGGCGUAAUAAAUCGGGCAAAGAGGCAAUCCUCAUGGACGCCAAAGGAGUUGAGAUGCCGACCGAAGCCAGUAUGGUGCCUGCCCACGCUAAGAGUGUACCAAAGCCCGCAGGAGAUAAGGAACCAAUCGUUGAUUUAGAAUCAGAUUAAAACAAAUCCCAAAUAAAAUAGUUUUGCCGGGAAAAGUGUGCUUUCAGUAUAGUUAAUAGUUCAGAUUACGGGAACAUGAAAUCUGAUGAGGAAAGUACCAAUUCCAAGCCAUAAGGACGUUUCUGUAUGCAAUCAAAAGGUUGAUAGCGACAGUUUUAUACUUGGUAAAGCCUACUUAUUUGUACUGUUUUAAUUUUUGUGUUUUCUUUUUGACAUACGGUAUGUGUGGUCCUGAAAUGAUCGAGUUAUUAGGUUUGGAUUCUUUAUUAACCCUUGGUCAAGCUCGCACAAGUACCUUUGUGUGGUUCAUCCUUAUGCCGCUGGUCCACAUGAACACUAGUCCCCUGUCUUUAUCGGCUAGGAUAACGUCUUUAUCCGCAAGGAUGAACACAGGUAUUGGUUCUACAGAACCAGUGAUGUUUAAUAUUCGAUACAGUGAUUUCACUGGAUAAACGUGCGGUGACGUAAGCUUUCUAUGUGUUUUGAUUGGUUUGAGGAGCAGCUGAACUUUCGGUCGUCUGCACGUGCAACAGCGUAUAGGCACAAUUGCCAUAAAUAUAGACAUGCUAUCUGGCACCCAUGCUCAAAGCAUGGUCUUGUUUGGUACUAGACAUUAUCGGCCUUUAGUCCAUAUGGACCCUGGUAAACUUGACCGAACGUUGCAGCGCGCCAAUCGUGAGUCUGGUUACCUGUAUCCGCUAAUGUGUGUAUCGCGCAGGCCGUUGUCGAUGACCAGACUAAUCCAGAAACCCUCAGAUUGUGCAUGCAGUGUGGAUUUCUAUAAGGCUGUACAAGGUGGCUGCACAAUGGUAGAAUGCUACGAUUACCAACGAUUUUAACCGAGAAAUUACGAAUUGAUGCCGAAUUAUGGCAGUCGGAUCACAUAAUUAUUUUUUACACAAUUGAUUCAUGGAGUUUUCAUCGGGCUUUAAAA